AUGGGAGACAUGGGAGACCCACCAAAAAAAAAACGCCUGAUUUCCCUAUGUGUUGGUUGCGGCAAUCAAAUUCACGAUCAGUAUAUUCUGAGGGUUUCUCCGGAUUUGGAAUGGCAUGCGGCGUGUUUGAAGUGUGCAGAGUGUAAUCAGUAUUUGGACGAGACCUGUACGUGCUUUGUUAGGGAUGGCAAAACCUACUGUAAAAGAGAUUAUAUCAGGUACGCCAUUUACAUUGGAGGCUGGCUAAGGAGGACUCGGUGGGAGCCGAGAGACUGUGCAGUUUUAGUCACCCGGGUUGGAGCAUUUUCUCAUCCACGGAUGGGUGAACUGUCCCCCUCUCCUCCACGGGAGACAAGGAACCCGCCACCCACUCCAGCGUGUAACCCCAGAAACCCAUUAUUUGCCGUGUGGGGCUGUCAGCAAGAAGUUGCCCUUUCACUGCUGUCGGAGGUCUUGAGCCCCGGCUCAAGGUGGGAGCGUCAGCAGGAGGGAAGACGGGGCAGGGACGUUGAGACUCCCUGCUUCCUACUCAUGGGGAUCCUGUUCCUCCCUUGCCUUACAGCAGAACCUAUCUCUGCCAGACAGCCAGCUUUGCGACCCCACGUCCACAAGCAGCCUGAGAAGACCACCCGAGUCCGAACUGUCCUUAAUGAAAAACAGCUUCACACCUUGAGGACCUGCUACGCUGCCAACCCCAGGCCUGACGCCCUCAUGAAAGAGCAACUGGUAGAAAUGACUGGCCUCAGCCCGAGGGUCAUCAGGGUUUGGUUUCAAAACAAGCGGUGCAAGGACAAAAAAAGGAGCAUUAUGAUGAAGCAACUUCAGCAGCAGCAACCCAAUGACAAAACUAAUAUCCAAGGGAUGACAGGAACUCCGAUGGUGGCUGCUAGUCCGGAGAGACAUGACGGUGGUUUACAGGCGAACCCGGUGGAGGUGCAGAGUUACCAGCCGCCCUGGAAAGUACUGAGUGACUUCGCAUUGCAGAGUGACAUAGACCAACCUGCUUUUCAGCAACUAGUUAAUUUUUCAGAAGGAGGACCUGGUUCCAAUUCUACUGGAAGUGAAGUAGCAUCAAUGUCCUCUCAGCUGCCAGAUACACCCAACAGCAUGGUAGCCAGUCCUAUUGAGGCAUGA